AUGACAAACAACGGCACUGCCGCUGUGCGGUGUUGGAAGAAAGAGUUUAUCGGGUGGGUGAAGGAACUGCAAGCAUCGGCGCAGGCACGCAACAGCAGACUCCGACACGUGUACGGACGAGCAGUCAAGAGCCUGCGAGCACACAGCGCCCCUUUGUACACGCCGUUCCAAGCCGCCAAGCUCCCCUACAUUGGCGAAGGCACCGUCAAGAUCCUGCACAAGAAACUUCUGGCCCAUUGCCGAGAAGAAGGCCUGCCCAUACCCAACUUUGCAGAGCACGACACCGAUGCCGGUGGUGACGACGAUGAUGACGAUGAUGACGAUGACGACGACUUUGACGAUGACCUGCUCCCGUCUCAAGUGAGCAAGAGAGUGAAAACAGCCACGGCCAGCAAGAAGAAGAAAGGCAAGAACACAAGCGCCAAAGGAACACAGCGGGCCGCGCUGUCGCAGAUUGACAGCAACGCAUGUGCACAAGACAACGAGGCAACAGCGACGACAAAGGUCGCAGCCAAAAAAACGAGGACAAAGACAACACGUCCUUACGUGCCCCGGAAGAACUCCGGCGCCUACGCCCUCCUCGUUGCACUGCACAAGGCGUCACUGAACCCAGAGUUCCUCGGCUACGUCACCAAGCGCGAGCUCAUCCCGCUCGCGCAGCCCUUCUGCGCCACAUCGUUCACUAUUUGUGACAACGGCUCGCGAUACACGGCGUGGAACAGCAUGGCCACCCUCAUCAAGCGCCAGCUCAUCUCAAAGUGCAGCAACCCCGCCAAGUACUCGCUCACAUCCGAAGGCCAGCAGCUGGCGCAGCGCCUGUAUGACAUUGAGACCUCCACAGACAUGUCACCUACAACGUCACCUUCAAUGUCAUCAUCAACAACAUCUUCAGCCACAUCAUCGUCCUCGUUGUCAUCGGCUCAAACAUCAACAGGUGUACCGCACACGCUGCAGGUGCACAGCGAAUACAGCGCUGACAGCGACAGCAACGAUGGCACUGUCAUGGUGACGCAGCCAUCCACCAGUGGAGCGGCGGCCACAAGGCAACCAACGGGCCAUCAGCCAGCAGCAUAUGUGCACCAUGACAAUGCAGCUGCCCCAGCACUCAGCAACAGCACCAGAGCGCAUCAGCUCACGUGGGGAAUGGGCCAGCAGCCCCCACGCGUGCAGCAGCCCCCACCACUGCACCCUCUCACCUCUGCACACCACCACGCCGGCCCGCGACCCUUUGUGAAAACUGCGACUCUUCCGUCCCCACAGUGCACGACAGCGGUUAAACUGCUCUGUGUAGCAGUGGAAAGCGAUGCCGCCUGA